AUGGCUGGCAAAAACAUGGAGAUCGACGCGGCUGAGGCCAAGCUCAAGAACAUGGAGCACUCGGAGCAACACUACUUUAAAAGCUAUGACCACCACGGAAUCCACGAGGAAAUGCUUAAAGAUGAGGUCCGCACCAAGUCGUACAUGAAUGCUAUUGUUCAAAACAAGCACAUUUUCAAGGACAAGGUCGUUCUUGAUGUUGGCUGUGGCACAGCAAUCCUUGCCAUGUUUGCGGUCAAGGCUGGCGCGAAACACGUCAUCGGCGUCGACAUGUCCACGAUGAUCUUCAAGGCCCGCGAAAUCGUGGCCGUCAACGGCAUGGCAGACAAGAUCACCCUCAUCCAGGGGAAGAUGGAGGAAGUCGAGCUGCCCUACCCCGAAGUCGACAUCAUCAUUUCGGAAUGGAUGGGCUAUUUCCUGCUCUACGAGAGCAUGCUCGACACCGUACUCUAUGCGCGAGACCGCUACCUCGCCAAGGACGGACUGAUCUUCCCCGACAGGGCUACCAUCUAUCUUGCGGGUAUCGAGGAUGGAGACUACAAGGAUGACAAGAUAGGAUACUGGAACAGCGUGUACGGUUUCAAUUACACACCCCUCAAGGAGGUCGCCCUGAGGGAACCUCUCGUCGACACCGUCGACGUGCAGGCGGUAGUGACCGAGCCGGCACUGGCCUUGACCCUCGACCUCUACAAGUGCCAGGUAUCCGACCUGGCUUUCAAGUCGGAGAUCAAUCUCACCGUCCGCCGCGACGACUUCAUCCACGCCAUUGUCGGCUGGUUCGACAUUGAGUUCACCGCCGCCCACAAGACCGUCCGGUUCUCGACCGGCCCUCAUACCAAGUGGACGCACUGGAAGCAGACCGUCUUCUACCUCCAGGACGUCCUCACCGUCCAGCAGGGCGAGUCGGUCGGCCUGACCCUCCGUGUCAAGCCCAGCGAUAAGAACCGCCGCGAUCUCGAUAUUGCCAUCGACUACAAUCUCCAGUGCCCCGAUCCCAAGCGUGCUGCUACCGGUACUUGCACGUAUAAGAUGUGCUAG